AUGGUCGCCUGGUACGCCUCGCCGCUCGUCGCCAACGCCGCGCUCGCGCCGGACCCCGACACCAACGCCACGCUGCCCAGGCACCUGCUCUUCGACGCGUGGUUCCCCUUCGACCCGGUGCCGUCGCCCAACUACGAGCUGGCGCUGCUGUAUCAGUCGGUGACGCUGUACAUCGCCUUCAUCACGACGGCCGUCAUCGACGUCUUCUACGUCAGCGUCAUGGUCUACCUGGGCGUCGAACUGGAGAUCCUCAACGAGGCGGUCGCCAGGAGUUGCCGGCCGUCCGAGGAGAAGGGCGACGACGACGACGACUGCUCCCUGCUGAUUGGCUGCGUCAGGCACCACCAGGCUCUCAACAGAUGCGUUAACACACUCCAGGAAGUAAUGGGAAUCUCCAUCUUCGUGCAGUUUGUUUUCAACAUGCUUCUGAUCUGCGUGUAUGCAUUCGUGCUUACAACGAGGAAGAGCGACUUGAGCACGCUGGCGAAGUUCGGCAUGACCCUGGAGAGCUACCUGUUCGAGAACCUGCUGUACUGCUGGUACGGCAACAACCUGAUAGAGCAGAGCGAGCGGCUGCCCUUCUCGGCGUACAGCAGCCGCUGGCCGGACGGGGGGCGCCGCUUCCGGCAGACGCUGCGCAUCCUGGCGCUGCGCGCCGGCCGGCCGCUGCACAUCACCGUGGGCAGCCUCUACACGCUCUCCAGGCAGACCUUCCUGCACUGGAAGAAAAUGAUGGAUGUUUAG